GAAACACUCGCACAGAAACACUCGCUUUCCGUCAGACACCGGCUGUGCUGGAUGUUUUGAGGAGCUGAAGGAUGCAGCUGGUCAUUUAUUUCCUGAUGAUAUUAACAUACACACAUGCAGAUUAUCCUGCGUUAAAAGCUCUUCUGUCAGAGAAGGGGCUCAGAGAUGUGUCUCAGAUGCUGUCUGUCCAAAUACAAAGCAAACUGAAGAGUGCUGAACUCCCAGAGGUCCAGGGUGGGGUGGACAUCAAGAUCGGCACUGUACAUUACGUCUUAUCAAACAUGCGGGUUGUGCAGUGCAGCAUGCCAGACCCAACACUGGUGUUUGUGGAGGGAACAGGUGUAUCUGUGGAGGUCACUCAACUCACACUAGCCGUCACUGGCAGAUGGGCAACACGGUUCGGCAUAAUCCAUGACAGCGGCUCAUUUGAUCUGACUGUGAACAAUAUCAACAUCUACACCCUCCUGCAGUUAGGAGAUGAUGCUGGCCGUCUCUCCAUCACCACUGUUCAGUGUAGUGCUAAUGUAGGAGGUGUGGAUAUUCACUUCCAUGGAGGAGCCAGCAUUAUUUUCCAGCCAUUUGUAAGUGCUUUCAGUGGACAAAUAAUAGACAAGAUACGUGAGCAGAUUUGCCCGGCAAUUCAACAAGCAAUAAAUGGAUUAGAGACAACUCUACAGGAAAUUCCUGUUAACAUACCUGUGGGUCCGUAUCUAUAUCUGAGCAUCCCUCUCACAUCCUCCCCGGCUGUGAAAGACCAAAGCUUUGGGUUAGAUAUUAAGGGAGAGUUUUACAGCCGCAGUUCUCCGUCUGAACCGCCGUUCUCUGCAAGCGUGUUUGACGUGCCGUAUGCAGAAAACUACAUGCUUUCGAUGGCGGCCUCUGAGUUCUUAGUAAAUUCAGCAGCGUAUGCGUUCCUCAGCUCUGGGGCUCUUCAAAUCAACAUCAGAGAUGACAUGAUACCAAAGAGUUCUCCAAUCCAUCUGAACACCAGUCAGUUUGGUGCCUUCGUUCCACAGCUACGCACAUUGUAUCCCAACAUGGAGAUGCAGGUGCUGUUAUACGCCAGUGAGACGCCUCUAUUCUCCUUCAGUUCAGGGGCGAUAGAGAUUCAUGUACCGGCUGCAGCAAAGUUCUCCGCUGUUAAACCUGAUGGUGCGCUGGUGCCUCUCUUCACACUGGAUGUGGACGGCAGCUUCGGUGGAAGUGCUCGGAUUGACACAAACCUGACUGGAGCUUUCCAAAUGAAAAAUUUAACGCUGACUCUCGGAUCAUCUGAGAUUGGUGAUUUCAAGACUGACUCACUCGAGCAAAUGGCAGUGAUGGCAGUGAAGAUGUUUGUACUUCCAAAACUAAAUGCGGCCCUGAAGGCUGGCUUUCUCUUACCCACACUGCAAGGCUUUAGUUUGAUCAAUUCUCAAUUGCUUAUAAAAAAUGGCUUUGUGGCCAUUUUUACUGAUGUCCAGGAGUCAGGACUCCUCUAAGCUCCACACAUGAACUGCACAGAAUAGCAAAUAACUGUACAACUGCAGAAUUGUUUUCAGUGUAAGAAUUAUAUAAUCAUUACUUGAAAUGACCAUACAAAUUGAUCAAAUUUGACAAUGCUAUUUUUACACACAAUAUUAUGUACAAACUUUUUGCCAC